GCAGAGACCCUCUUCUUUUUACCUUAGGUUUUUCCUUUUUCCACUCAUAAAAUUGGAACCCGAUCGAAAUUCCAAACUCCGUCGGCGUCGCCUGCAUUUUGUUGUUAGAGCUCAGAAAUCUCUCAAUCAAGUUCAUCGUUCCUUUUCGUAGAGAAUCACGGAAGAUGCAACGCCUUGCACGUGAGCAUGUACAGAAGGUCCUGCUGGAGCAGGAAAUGUUAAGCUUAGAGCUGGAGAGCAAGAAGAAGAAGCUUGAUUCUUGGGGCAGAGAACUGAAUGAACGUGAAGCCUUAACUGAGCGAGAAAAGCAAAAGCUUGAUGAGGAGAAGAAACAGAAUGAUGUGAGAAAUUCAGCACUUCAAAUGGCCUCUGUGGAACAAAGAAAAGCUGAUGUGAGUGUCUUGAGACUGGUUGAAGAACAAAAGAGGGAGAAGGAGGAGGCCUUGAAAAAGAUUCUUGAGCUAGAGAGGGACAUUGAUGCGAAGCAAAAACUGGAAAUGGAAAUAGCAGAACUUAAAGGAAAACUAGAGGUUAUGAAGCACCUUGGAGGCAAUGACGAUGCAGCUGUACAGAAUAAGAUUAAAGAGAUGAAUGAGGAGCUGAAAGAUAAAAUGGAGGAGAUGGAUGUAUGGAGUCUCUAAACCAGACUCUCCUGUUGAAAGAGCGCCAAAGUAAUGACGAGUUGCAAGAUGCACGGCGCACAUUGAAAGAGGUAUGAUAUCCGGUAUCAGUAAGAUUUUCAAUUACUUAAUGUAGUCAAAACCUUGUUGAAUCCAUACAAGCAUUUGAUGGUGAUGUAGUUAAACUUUCAACAAUGGGAAGAAAGUUUAAACUUUUUA